GCAAUAAAGGCGAUUAACGGCAAAGAGAAAGCUCACUAUCCCAACGGUCGCCAAGGAAGGACUUGAAAUUUGAAACCUAAAAUUUCCUCCGAACCCCAACCUCAGUACCAAGAGAAAGGAAAUAAGAAGUAAAGAACACUUUAGACAAGGAAUUACUACCAAGUAUCAACGAAUUCCUCCAUUCUCUCUGCACCUUCAGCCUCUCCCCAGAUUUUGCGAAUUCAAAAUGGAAGAUCUUCAAUUCAGCACCUUCAACGGAGUUACGGAAGCGAUGCCCGCCGAGCCUUCCUGUUUCUCUGAGUUUGGGGAAGACGUGAGAUUGCGGCGAGAUCCCGAAGAUUCUGCUGUACCCGAUGAAGCUGGGGAAUCUUUGUUCGAUUCUAUGCUUUGCGACUCCAAUUCACGGCUUGUCCCUUCUGGGUUUUCAAGCUCGAGCUGCACAGAACCAGAUGGAGUUUUGAGGUUUGUAAAUAGUGGGCAUGAGACGACAGUUGAAGCAAGCUCCACACUCAAAUUUAUGGGCGACUCUUCUUUUAAUGGAGGGACUGUGCUACGGACUGAUGAGGAUAUAACGGAUGCUGGGGAUUUUCCAUUUCUCUACCAGUCUGCGAGGUUCGGAAACUUCUGUUACCAGUUUCAUGGUCUUCCUCGAGGAGAUUGUUUCGUCGAUCUUCACUUCGCUGAGAUUAUAUACACCAAUGGCCCUAAAGGAAUACGAGUGUUCGAUGUAUUGAUACAGGAAGACAAGGUCUUAUCAGAAUUCGAUAUCUUCUCUGUUGUUGGAGCAAAUAAGCCUCUGCAAUUGGUUGGUGUGAGGGUCUCAGUGAAGGAAGAUGGAGAACUUGUAGUGAGAUUUCAAGGGAUUAAUGGAAGUCCUGUUGUGAAUGCAAUCUGCAUAAGGAAAGCACCUGAAGGGGCAGCACCUCAGCAGCCAAAGGAGUACCUUAGGUGCAACCAUUGUGCUUCAGAGAUCGAAGUUUCUUCAGCUGAGAAACGGCUCAUGAGGACUAAGGCUACAGAUAAGUAUGAGAAGAAGAUACAACAGCUCACUACUGACUGCCAGCGCAAGGCAAAUGAAUGCCAUGAGGCUUGGAUGUCAUUAACUGCUGCUAAUGAGCAGCUGGAGAAAGUCAGGAUGGAACUUGAUAACAAAACCUUUCAGGCCCGUUCUUUAGAUCAAACGGUGGGGGAACAAGCUGAGAAUUUAAGGAACAUUGCUACCAUGUAUGACCAACAUAAGAAGAGCUGGACAGCGGCAAUCAACAAUAUGCGAGAGAAAAUCAGGAUUAUGAAAGAAGAGCACAUUAGGCUUUCUCGUGAUGCACAUAGUUGUAUUGAGUCCAUACCCGAGUUAAAUAACAUGGUGGCUGGAGUUCAAGCAUUAGUUGCUCAAUGUGAGGAUCUAAAACUGAAGUAUAGUGAAGAACAAGCAAAAAGGAAGCAGUUGUAUAACCAAAUACAAGAGACUAAAGGUACCUCUUGUCUUGUUCCUAAGUUUCCCAGAGAAUCACAUUAUGCAAUCCUUUUUAGUAGAUUAUUAUUGUAAGGCAUGUAUAUUUUCAGGUAACAUCCGAGUUUUUUGCCGGUGUCGCCCAUUAAGUAGGGAAGAAUCCUCAAAUGGGUGUGCAACAGUUGUUGACUUCGAUGCAGCAAAGGAUGGAGAUCUUGGGGUUCUCACAGGUGGUUCCAACAAAAGGACUUUCAAGUUUGACAGGGUUUACACCCCUAAAGAUGGUCAAGUUGAUGUCUUUGCCGAUGCGUCACCAUUGGUCGUCUCGGUGCUGGAUGGGUACAACGUUUGCAUAUUUGCAUAUGGACAGACAGGGACAGGAAAGACAUUUACAAUGGAGGGGCCUGAGCACAAUAGGGGUGUCAAUUAUAGGACCCUUGAGCAAUUGUUCUCAGUUGCCCGAGAAAGGAGUGAUGCUUUCACUUACAACCUUUCUGUCAGUGUCCUUGAAGUCUAUAAUGAGCAAAUUAGAGAUCUCUUGGCCACAUCACCAGCAUCAAAGAAGUUGGAGAUCAAACAAACUUCUGAAGGUUCUCAUCAUGUACCAGGGAUUGUUGAAGCAAAAGUCGAUAACAUCAAUGAUGUUUGGAGUGUGCUGCAGGCUGGAAGCAAUGCUAGAGCUGUUGGAUCGAAUAACGUCAACGAACAUAGCAGCCGCUCUCACUGUAUUCUAUGCAUCAUGGUGAAGACGAAGAAUCUGAUGAAUGGUGAGUGCACGAAAAGCAAGCUUUGGCUUGUAGAUUUGGCGGGAAGUGAACGUUUGGCUAAAACUGAUGCCCAAGGAGAACGACUUAAGGAAGCACAAAACAUUAAUAAAUCACUUUCUGCUCUUGGAGACGUUAUUUAUGCUUUGGCAACAAAGAGUAGUCACAUCCCAUACAGAAACUCCAAGCUGACACAUUUACUCCAGGACUCAUUAGGAGGUGAUUCCAAAACCUUGAUGUUUGUGCAAAUUAGCCCUUCCGAGCAUGACUUGAGUGAAACUCUAAGCUCGUUGAAUUUCGCAACUCGAGUUAGAGGGGUUGAGUUGGGCCAUGCAAGGAAGCAAAUAGAUACAAGUGAGCUUCAAAGAGUGAAAGCAUUGCUGGAGAAAGCAAGGCAAGAAUCUAGAUCAAAAGAUGAGUCAGUAAGGAAACUUGAAGAGAACUUGCAGAACCUGGAGAAUAAGACCAGGGGUAAAGACCAUGUUUACAAAAGCCAGCAAGAGAAGAUCAGAGAACUCGAGGGACAGCUUGAACAAAAGACUGCUAUGCAUGGCCAGUCAGAGAAACAGGUAUCUCAACUUUCAGAAAGACUUAAAGGGAGGGAAGAAAUAUGCAAUGAACUACAACAGAAGAUUAAGGAAUUGGAGAGCAAGCUGAAACAAAGAGAGCUAUCAGACCAUGAAACAUUUCAACAGAAGAUCAAGGAAUUGGAGAACAAGCUGAAACACAGAGAGGUAUCAGACCAUGAAAGUUUUAAGCAGAAGGUCAAUGAACUUGAGAAGAAGAUGAAAGAGCAAACCGAAGAGUCAGACUCUCGAUCCCUCACUCUUCAACUUAAGAUUAAGGAGCUAGAAUGUAGACUACAUGAACAGGAUCAAAACUCGGAGACUUUGGGGCUUCACCAAAAGAUUAAGGAACUAGAAGAAAAACUGAGAGAGCAGGAGCUGAUUUUGAAGCAAAAUAGGGGAACUAGCAGCAGCAAUGCAGUAGAUUGUGUUAGGGCUACUCCAACAGAACGAAAAGCUUCUGGAAGAGAUGAUGAACGAAUGAUGACUGAUGCUGUUGAGGCUCACAUCUUGAAGAGCUCAAACUCAAUCAACCGGCCCUCAACUCACGGGCACAACAUGGUGGCAAAAGACAACAACCUCCUCCAUGAUGCGCGAAAGAAAAGACAUUCUAGAAGUGGGGAAACAGAGAAUAACAGCAUGCAAGCAUGCUUCAAUGAUUACAGAGGUAGGAAGUCUGACCCUCCAAAGAUUGCAAGAGUUACCAGACCAAUGACAACGAUGAUGACAAGGCCCCCAGUCAUAGGCGGGACUACUAGUGGCCAAGUGGGGUUGACCCACAAGAGAACAAUCAACAGAGAACCAACAACAGCAGGACAUGCAGCAGCAGUCAAGAAAAGGGGUGAUGCAAAGAAAAAUGUUUGGUGCUAGACAACAAUGCGAUGUGCCGAUGUCAUUCAUUUGUUUCUUUCAAAUGUUUGUUUGUGUAUUAGGAUAUGUGUUAUAUGUACCGUUGCUUUGCCUUCCGGAAGUGCAGCACCUUUACUGUGCUGAAAGGGAAUGAAGAAAUGAUACAGCCACAGGCUAACACUGUAUUAUGCCAGUGAAUGGAAUGAGCGAAUCAUUGGGACUUUUGAAGCCUCGUGGUGAGUUUGUUCAAGUUUUUCAUUUUCCAGUCUGCCAUAAAACUGUAAGUUACAAUGCCAUUUACGUAGCGAUACCUUUGCACCAAGAAUGCUUGUAACCUUUCUAUUGUCCUGUCUGCCAUAAAUAUGGUUCUAUAUGCC